CCUAUCAGAAGCAAAUUUUUAGGUACUGACACUUCAUAUGACUACGGAGGAUGCCAGAUGCAUCUCUGUGAAUUACACAUAUAAAGCUGAGAUAAGGCCGAGAGCUCCCCUUUCCUUCCAGCCUCGGAGCAGGACCAGGAGAGCUCCGCGGUGAGUCCCAGCUGAUAAAGAAUUCCGGCUCUGUGCCCCCUCCAGCUCUGUCAGGGAGUUCACUGCGGCUGAUUUCGUGUCCCCAACUGCUCCUGGUGGCCUCUCCCAGCCAUGGCCCCUCUGUCUCUCACCCUGGCCCUGCUGGCAAUGGCCGUGGCCACCGUGGCCAAUGGUGUGGUGCCCCUGGAUAUGGCCCAGGACUCCUUCGAUGACCAGUACCGGGGCUGCGGCCCCAACAUGACCGCGGCCUUGCCGGCCCUCAACCGCUCCGAGUUCCAGCACAAUCCUCUCUUUGCCCGGGUGUGGCCUGUGGCCAUGGCUGAGUGGCAGAAGCGGGGCUCCCCUGUGUCCCCUCUGCCUUCCCCAGACCAGGCCAUCGCCCUCAUGGCCUUCACCAUGGGUGCACACCAUGAGUUCAAUACUGCCGUGCUCCAGGCCGGGCGCUCCCGCCAGGAAUACCGGGACAACUUCCAGUACAAAACUCUGCAUUUCCUGCUGACCCAGGCCCUGGUGGCGCUGAGGGGCGCUCAGAAGGGGCAGUGUCUGGACGUGUCCCAUCAGGCCUGUGGGGUCCUGUUCGACACACGGCGCGGUGACACCGUGAGGUUCGGGCAAUUCUGGCUCAUGUGGGUGAGCAAAGACACUCUGCAGUGCCCUGGAAAGGAGACCUUGCUCCAGGUGCACACGUGCCAUGGUGCAGGAAUACAACAUUUCACCACAAGUCUGGAAAUGAAAGCGGUGCUGAUCCCACCCUUCGAGACCUUCAGGGUCAUUGAUGUCACCCGGGAGGGGGACAAGGCACAGAUCCAGCUCCGCUCCACUGGGACCCACAGCAAAUACAACUGCGAGUGGCUGAAAGGUGGGAGCAUCCCCAGGAGCCACUUGCACCUCGGAGGGCUCCUCCUGGCCACCACAGCCCUGGCAGCGGCCACUGGGAUCCUCUGAGCCACAAGGCCACCAAGGUCACCAAGGUCACUGAGGACACUGUGGUAACCAUGACUACCAUGGCCACCAAGGUCACUGUGGUCACUGUGGCCACCAUGACCACCAAGACCACCUGGACCCCCAGAGAAACGAGGCCACCAAGGCUACCAAACUCACCACUGCCACCAUGGCCACCUUGCCAGCUGUUGCCACCAUGAGGUCAGUGGGGCCACCACUGUAUCUGUGGCCACUGCAGCCACCACAGCCACUCUGGCCACCAUGGUCACUCCAACCACCAAGGCCACUGUGACCACCAUCAAGACCAAGACUCCCUGAACCAUUACCACACCCACUGUGGCCACUGUGGCCAUCAAGGCCAUUAUGCAAAGCCAUUCUAUUAAAAAUUCUGUCCAGCCCUGCCCAGUGCCGUGUCCAGCUCUGCCCAGUGCCGUGUCCAGCCCUGCCCAGUGCCGUGUCCAGCCCUGCCCAGUGCCGU